UUCAGUGGGAGGUUGAAGUUGACUCAAGCAACAUCUGUGAAUAUUCGCGAUCAAGUCACAGUGGUUUGCGAUUUCAAGUCAGCACUAAUUGUACAAUAUUGUGUCUUCUUUAGUUCAAAAAUUUAUAGUUGGUGUUUUUACUGUAAUAGGGUUUUACAAUUCAGAAGUUUACUCAUUUUUCGAAGAUGUCGCUGAGCAAAGGAAUAUCAAAAUACAGGAAGUGUGCUUGUUUAUGUCGGCACAUCAACACCAAGAGUGCCAAUCCACAACAAUCGAUGCAGACUUCGUCAAAAUUUAAAUUACGCUCCAGUUUCAAGAGCAUGUCUUUGAAUCAAUGGAAAGUUGUUAACCAGCUGCGUGAUUUGAUAACAAAAUCACAAAGCGAGAAAGGAAACAUGUACAGUCUAUCGAAGGAUUGGAUUAAUUUCUUACAAAAAUUUCCCCAACUGACUGGGGUAAUGCAAACAUUGCCGGUCACAAGGAGAAAACACCUGGAUCCUAAAGAUCCAAAUUCUCCAGAUAAUCCAGAAGUCGGUACCCCGGUCACCGGAACCAGUACUGUGAAAUCGGUCCCUGUUUCUCCUCAGUCGCUGGAAAGUCGAAUCUCAGAUGCAAGUAAGGCUGUUGAACCCCUUCAAGAUUACGCUUAUGGAGUGUUGAAAGGCAUCCAACAGAGGUUCACCCAAAAACCGGAGGAAAAACCAACUGAGCAAGCUUUGGUCCCUAAGUGGAAAGUCAGGAACGAUGCAGCUGUUUCAAAGGAGAGCAUUUCCUCGAGGACGCGUCAUGUCCUGUCGAUGAUUGCAACAGCGGAGACAACACAGUCAAGACUCAAACGACUUGAAGACCUGGCGAAUCACCUACAUCAGUUUCCACAGGCCAAACGGAUUGCAGUAAAGGAUGGAGCAAUCCGUCUUCUCCUGAGAGUCAAGCAGCAGUCUAAGGACGAAGCAACUCAGUCCCUCGUCAGAGAGUCGUUUGCAAUGUUGGGUUAUGCCGGUUACCUUCCCGGUAGAGGCAUCCGUAUACUGGCAAUUGAUGGAGGUGGUAUAAGGGGUGUGGUUGUUAUCCAGAUGCUGAAGAAGCUGGAAGAGUUGACAGGCAAGAAAAUCCACAACCUGUUUGAUUACAUCUGUGGUGUGAGCACUGGGGCCAUCUUGAUGUGUGGAGUAGGACCUCCACCUGGUAAGACUCUUGAUGAGGUACGGAGGAUAUAUAAGGAGAUGAGUAUUAAAGUAUUCACACAGAGCGCAUUCUGGGGAACAACGAAGAUGGUGUGGAACCACGCCUACUACGACACAGCUGUGUGGGAAGAUUUGCUGCGCUCCUACCUCGGGGACGCCAGCCUGCUGCAGACCAACAGGGCAGCCAACUGUCCCAAGAUGUCUGCAAUCUCGGCUGUGGUGAACAAGUCACGCGUGACUCCCUAUGUGUUCCGCAACUACUCGCUGCCGUACGAGCGCCAGAGCCAGUACGAGGGCAGCAGUCGCCACACCAUGUUCCAGGCCGUCAGAGCAUCGGCCGCUGCGCCAACCAUCUUCGAGGAGUUCCGAGUCGGCAACCUCCUGCAUCACGACGGAGGUAUUUUAGUGAAUAACCCAACAGCACUAGCCAUCCACGAAGCCAAGCAGCUGUGGCCGGACGCGGCACUGCAGUGUGUGGUGUCUUGUGGCACAGGCCGGCACAUGCCUUCGCACACUGGCACCGAGCAGGCCGUCAGCACGUCUCCCACCAGCUGGCGUCAGACCUUCGACAAGAUCCUGGACAGCGCCACCGACACUGAGGCUGUUCACACGUGUCUGAAUGAUCUCCUCCCACCAAACGUGUAUUACCGGUUCAACCCUUACGUGACGGAGAUAGUCUCGAUGGACGAGAUCAGGCCGGACAAGAUCAACCAGCUGGAGACGGAUGCGAUCAUGUACUACAGACGGAACGAGGAAAGUUUUCGUGACGCGGCGGAGGCCCUAACUGCACCGAAGACCCUGGCUCAGCGCUGCCAAGACUACGUGGACCUGCAGGCUACUCUGCUCGGGAUCAAAUAGAGGUGGAGAGUGAAGCAUUCCUUAUCUGGCUGUGAACUUUGUAACAUCACACAUUGCCCGCACGGAGACCAACACGACACCAGACUGUAUGUCCAGUGAUGUAAACAUUAGGCUUAGGAGUAAAAGUACUUUAAAAUAUUGUAUAGGUGCAUAAUUUAUAGUGCUAAAUAAUAACCGUUGACUCAAAUUAUUCAUCAAAUUUGCGUUUAAUAUUAUUUAAAGCAUUUUGUACUAUUCAUGUAAACUACUUAUAUUAAUGUUCUUGUUUUUCUGACAUUCAGAAGAAUUUUCAUAAUAUUCCUCAUGAAAUUACAAUCUUCUCUCAGUAUUAAAUAAAUAGCUACAAUUGAUAUCUAAAACCAUCACCAUAACUAAUACUUCAAGGCUUUAUACUUUCACAUAACUUUAAAUGAAAUAUAAAUGUUUAAAAUAUAACUUACAAGACUAAUUUAACAAUAUUUGCAACCAAGUCUGGUUUUAGUCGUAAGAUUAAAUACAGUUUCUAAAAAAAUGUAAAUUAAAACAAAUUGUUCUUAGAUAGUUAUUAUACGAGUACUAUAUUUUCUAUAGCCAUUGCUUAUUUGAUCAUAAAAAAACAAUUUACAUAUUAUGGCAUAAGUAAUAAACAAACAGCGAUUAAAAACUGUUCAAUUUCUUGGAAGAGUUGUGUCUUCUCUUCCUUGACUAUCUGCUUCCUCCUCUUUAUGAGUUUCUCUACUUCUAGGCUUGCACAGUCAUAAUAAUGUCACAGGAGGCUUAGUUAUGAAAACACUGUUGGUGGUAUAACCACGGUUAACUCAGCCGAUGGUCUAAAAGAAAAGUACUAUUCUGCUAAAAUCAGUACUUAAAGUCUUCUACAAAUUUAUCAUAAUGUCUGUGGUAGCUUAUGUUAAUAAAAAAACUACAGCAAGCGUAUAGAGCACAGUCGGUGGAUGUGGAGAGACAAAGUCAAAACUGCUGAGUAACACAACUGCAAAUAAUUAUUCUAGAACGUUUUGUUCAUUAUUUUUUAAGUUGAAUUGAACUUGGACCACAGUAAUGUGCAGAAUGAAGAAACAUCCUGCUACUAUUUUAAGUAAUACGAUUUGGAAAACCUUUCUUUUGUAAUAACAAUGAGAAUAGCUUAGACUUUAAAGUAUUUAACUAUUUCAAUGAGGUAUUAUCGUACUGAGGCAUAAAUAAUUUUGGUUUACAUUGAAGUGCACUUAAUACUUUUGGGCCAGUGAUUGUUUAUUCAGAUUUGUUGAAUUCUAUUUAUUUUGUUAAUUAAUAUUUGUAUACUUUAUUGGUUUAAACAUAUAUCAGGUGAUUAUUUAUUAUACUUAUUUCAUCAAUGUUAGUGUAUUUAUAGAAACUGUGUUUUACUUAUUAUUUAUUUAAAGACCAAAGAGUAAUAAUUUAUUGACAAUCAUAAAUAAAUAUUUCUGGUUAUUUGUGCCUUUAGUUAUAUACAUACAUUAUUAGCUAUUCGGUUAUUCUUUUAUUAUUGUUUUGAUGAUGUACAUAGGAAGUUUGAUGCAUGCAAUCGCUUGGCAAUUUCAUAAUUCAAAAUGUGUAAACGCUGAUCUUUAAUUUGAAAAAUGUAGUUCAGUCUCUAUUUCCCGACAAACUCUCGUGUGAUCGUAAUGUAUGGUUAAGGAUUUAAACACGAUAUUAGGAUGAUUAUGUUCCUGCUGUGUUCAAAGAUAAAGAAUUGUUUGAAACAAUCAUUAGUUUCUCUUAGAUGGCUUUGUUUUCUCUAGUCAAAAUGGACAUGUUGUCAAGUAGAUAUUUCACCGGCUUUAUUUUGUGAUAUUAGUUAGUAGAAAGUGAUUUUGUUACAAGAGAUAUUUUAAAUAAUAAAUAAGUACAAAAAUAUUGGCUUAGUACGAGUAUUAAUAAGGAUGAUGUACAUAAUAUUGUGAAUAUGAUGACCUAGUUUCAAUUUUUUUAUUAUAUUUUAAAAUAAAUAUCUUUUUCUUCCAA